AAUUGGAAGCAUUACGGAACUUCUCUUCGAACAAAUAAGCCACAAGUAGCAAAUAAGCCAUUUGAUAUUUUGUUAACCAAAUUCGACACUCAUUGACCUCCAUACAAAACCUCCUAGGUUGAUGAGUGAAAAAAAGCGAAAAAAACGCCACCUGCUGGAGAUGACAAAUUUUGGACCCAGUUUUCCCUCUCGUUUCGCCUUUUCAUCCUCUCUGGUAUCCUCGGUGAAAGAUGAGGGGAGGACACUCUUCCGUUUUCCUACUAACGAAUUGACACACUCCCUCGACCACUUUAUCGGUUUCCGGGUCACGGAGGAGCGAGGAGGAGAGAGGACCGUCUUUUGACCAAAAGAGAAAACCCCUUUGUUAAUCAGACCUUUCCAUCAGAGACUGCAACCAGGAAAACACGGAACAUGGAAAAAUCCACGAUGCGAAGCACUGGAGAGUAAUCAUACUAUUAAUGAUAGGAUUAUUAUUAAUACUAAUACUAAUAAUAAUAAUAACAUGUAAAAAAUAUCCCAGUUUGUAGAUUGAUAACAAGGUGUUUUAAAAGGUGGUGAACGUUAAUUUGUUUUAAAGUGACAGAGUAGAUAUUUGAUAUUUACUGUAUCUGUAUGUUAUGUUGUGUAUAUAUAUAUAUAUAUAUAUAUAUUUGUGUUUAUUCAUUACCAAUUUUUCACAAAUAAAAUGUCCUAUUCCUAAAAAAUAAGAAAUGAUUAUAAUCAUUAAAUACGUCUACGUUUAAUUAUCCCGUUAUAUAAUGAAAUAACACCGUGUGUGUAGCGUAACAGAUGUCAAAUUCUUCCAGACGACAAGCUCAGUCCAUUCCAGUGUCUACCUGUUCUUGUUACGGUUCCUCAAUGGAAAUCCGCAACACAUUUUGUUCCUAACCACCAAGCAUGGCCCUUUGGGAAUAGAAUGGCCAAUGUAAUUUGACACUUCAACUUACUGUGCUCUCUAUCUUAGUUGAUUCACCCACUGACGUUGAGCCCCAGUCAUUCUCAGUGGUAGUGACUAGAGGAAGAUCAUUUAAAAAAAAUAAAAAAAACAAGAUCCUGAAUAUUACUAAAGAGGACUUUCUCCGAGUCGUUUCGCCACUCGCUUUAAAUCUGGAGCAGCAGAAUCUGGGGUGGAGGACCCCUACCUGACAUGUGACUGGGUGGGGGGGGGGGUGGGGGGGUCUGAUGUGGCGGUAGACAGAGAGAGACGGAGGAAGAAGAAUCCAGGAUUUAUAGUCAACACAGAGGUCACUAGUUUAAUGGCUGGAAGGUAGAGGCCAAAGAGGGACAUAAUGACCUCCAUUCCGUCGAUGGACAGACACAUCCAGCAGACCAUCGACCGUCUGUUAUGUAUCAAACAGCACUUACAGAACCCCGCCAACUUCCAGACGGCAGCGACAGAGCUGCUGGACUGGUGCGGUGACCCCCGGGCCUUCCAACGACCCUUUGAGCAAAGCCUGAUGGGAUGUCUAACGGUGGUGAGCCGGGUGGCAGCGCAGCAAGGUUAUGACCUGGACCUGGGGUACAGGGUCCUAGCAGUGUGUGCUGCCAACAGAGACAAGUUCUCUCCCAAAUCAGCAGCCUUGUUGUCGUCUUGGUGUGAGGAGCUGGGUCGUCUCCUCCUCCUCCGUCAUCAGAAGAACAGACAGAACGAACCACCCCAGGGGAAGGUUCCUAUGCAGCUCACCAUGCACUCCAUGAAGCCCACCCUGUCACACAGUGAUGGGUCUUUUCCCUACGACUCAGUACCAUGGCAACAGAACACCAACCAGCCGCCGGGUUCUCUCUCCGUGGUAACGACCGUCUGGGGUGUGGCCAACACCUCGCAGAGUCAGGUGUUGGCAAACCACAUGGCUAACAGUGGUAACCCCAUGAACCCUGGCGGUAACCCCAUGGGUCAGGGGGGUAUGUCUGGGAACAACCAGGGGAUGAACUCACCCCAGUACCCAGGCCAGCAGCAGCAGUUCCCCAACAAGGGCCAGCAGAACCAGGCUUACAUGCAGCAGGACCUGUACGGACGCCAGGGCUACCCCGGGGGAGGAGGAGGUUUCGGGGGGAAUUACCCUGGGGGUCCUAUCUCUGGUCCUGGUGGCGUGGGCAUGCCCCCCCACUCUCGUCCCCCUGGCGACUUCACCCAACCUGCUGCUGCCGCCGCCGCCGCAGCCGUCGCCGCGGCAGCCGCCACUGCUACCGCCACUGCCACGGCAACUGUUGCCGCCAUGCAGCAGGACACUCAAAACAAGGACAUGAACCAGUAUGGACCGAUGACUUCGUCGUUCCAGAUGGGGCCCAGCCAGGCUUACCAGAACCAAUUCAUGAACCAGGGGCCAGGGGGUCCCAGGGGCCCUCCAUCUCUCCCAGGGAACAUGGGCCCCGGUCCGGGCAUGAACCCUUCCAACAUGGUCUCCUCCCACAUGGGAAUGAACCAUCCCCGGCCCCAGGGGAUGGUGCCCUUUGGAGGCCACGUUGCCCAGAGAAUACCCCAGCAGGGAUACCCAGGAUCCAGGCCUCAGGGUAUGGGCAUGCAGGGUGUAAAGAGACUCUACCCUGGAGAGCCUAACUACGGAGGGCAGCAGUAUGGUCCAGGACCGAAUGGCCAAGGGUUCCCCCAGCAGCAGAACCAGUACCCCACCCACACCCCCAACCCCUCCAGGCCACUCCCGUCCCCCAACUACCCAGGCCAGAGAAUGCCUGGUGGGCAGCAGAUCCAGGGCCAUUAUCCCCCUCCUGGAGGGGCCAUGGGACAGUACUACAAGCAAGAGCCUUUCAACGGUCAAAGUAACAACUUCUCUGGGAGUGGAUAUCAGUACAGCCAAGGCCAUAUGAAUGGGCCUCCUCGACUGGUGGGUAACUACCCCCACUCCCCGGUGCAUGGCAACCCGACCCCGCCCAUGACCCCAGGGAGUAGUAUCCCUCCCUACAUGUCUCCAAAUCAUGACGUCAAGCCCCCCUUCCCUCCAGACAUCAAACCAAAUAUCACCGCUCUUCCUCCUCCUCCUCCUCCAGCCAACCCCAACGAGGAGCUGCGUCUGACCUUCCCGGUGAGGGACGGGGUGGUCCUAGAGCCCUUCAGACUGGAGCACAAUUUGGCCGUCAGUAACCAUGUCUUCCACCUCCGCCCCUCCGUACACCAGACCCUUGUGUGGAGGUCAGAUCUGGAAUUGCAGUUUAAAUGUUACCAUCACGAGGACCGACAGAUGAACACCAACUGGCCUGCCUCGGUCCAGGUCAGUGUUAACGCCACGCCCCUCACCAUCGAGCGCGGCGACAACAAGACGUCCCACAAGCCCCUGCACCUGAAACAAGUCUGCCAACCAGGAAGGAACACCAUCCAGAUCACAGUUACCGCCUGCUGCUGUUCUCACCUGUUUGUACUGCAGCUGGUCCACAGACCCUCUGUACGAUCCGUCCUGCAAGGCUUACUGAAGAAGAGGUUACUGCCUGCAGAGCACUGCAUCACCAAAGUUAAGAGAAACUUCAGCAGCGUAGCGGCGUCCUCUGGGAACACCACUCUGAACGGCGAGGACGGUGUUGAACAGACGGCCAUCAAGGUCUCCCUCAAAUGUCCGAUCACCUUCCGGCGGAUCCAACUUCCAGCCAGAGGUCAUGACUGUAAACAUGUCCAGUGCUUUGAUUUGGAAUCCUACUUACAGUUGAACUGUGAGCGAGGAACGUGGCGAUGUCCAGUAUGCAAUAAAACAGCGUUGCUAGAGGGACUAGAAGUUGACCAGUACAUGUGGGGGAUUCUUAAUGCCAUCCAAAACUCGGAGUUUGAGGAGGUGACCAUAGACCCUUCGUGUAGUUGGAGACCUGUGGCCAUCAAGUCUGAUAUCCACAUCAAGGAGGAUCCAGAUGGACCCAUGGCCAAGAGGUUCAAGACCAUGAGCCCCACCCAGAUGACCCUGCCCAACGUGAUGGAGAUGAUCGCCCUGCUCGGCCCAGGGCCCUCGCCCUACCCGCCCCAACAGGGGGGAAACCACAGCGAAUACGGAAGCCAUGGUAACAGUUACCAGGGCCACAGCGGGGGCUUUGACUUCCCCCAUGGGAACCCCGGUGGUACGACCAUGAACGACUUCAUGCACGGCCCCGUUCUGUCCCACCCGCCAAACAUGGCACAGGACAAACCCCUCACACACAGCAUGCCUGACUCUAUACCUCAUCCUGCCAUCACUGACCAGUCCCACAACUUGUUACAGCAUAGCUUACACGCCCAAUCGCACCCCGGCAGCCAAUCGGGACAGCCGUUGCAUCACAGUGGACCUCCUCAGCCGUCACGACAACAGGCUCCGCCCCCACAGCAACAACAGCCCGGACCUAACAAUCACACUCUGCAGCACGGUGACCCCUUAGAGGGACUGGGUGGAGGGCUCCCAGAUAUGCCCGAACCUUCCUUGGAUCUCCUUCCAGAGCUGGCUAACCCAGAUGACUUGUUGUCUUACCUGGAUCCUCCAGACCUCCCGAGCAGUAGCAACGAUGACCUUCUCUCGCUCUUUGAAAACAACUGACUCUGAUUCUAGAUCAGUUCAUUUUAAAAAAUCUAUAAAAAAAAAAACACUUAUAGGACUGCCUGGAGUUGGACCUAUAACAUCUGACCUGAGACCUGCUCCAGUACUUGACAAACACAAAGAUGCACUCCCUUUCUCCUUUUCCUCUUGUACAGUUUGCAUUGAUUCUCCAGCAGACUGACUGACAGACUGACUGAUUGACUGAACAAUGUUUUAAAACUCAAAAAGACAUAGCAGGACAGGGUAGGGCAGUGAGUGACGUCUGCCUCCCUGCAGCGCCCCCAUGUGACCAUCGAUGAUACCAGCUAUCUGAUAUUCAGUUCAUUUUGUAUGCCACCAGUGUCUGUGUGCACAUUUAGGAAAGUGUUGAUGCGUUUUUUUUUAAAUUCGUAUUUUGUUUCCUUUUAAAGAAAAUAAAAGAGGAAUUCAUUAAAUAUAUAAGGGGGGGAAAAAACAUAUUGGAAAAACAAAAUGUCCUGCACUAUCUGGCCAGUGUGUGUAAUGUCCACGUUAUUGUUUCACCUUAUAAGACUCAGCGUCUCAGCUUCCUGUUGUCCCAAACGUUGUCACAGUUACUGUUCCCGGGACUGGUUACUACGUAUCACUGUCUUGUCUGUCUGUCUGUCUGUCUGUCUUGUCUGUCUGUCUGUCUUGUCUUGUCUGUCUUGUCUGUCUUGUCUGUCUUGUCUGUCUGUCUGUCUGUCUGUCUGUCUGUCUGUCUGUCUGUCUGUCUGUCUGUCUGUCUGUCUGUCUGUCUGUCUGUCUGUCUGUCUGUCUGUCUGUCUGUCUGUCUGUCUGUCUGUCUGUCUGCCACUGCACGUCAUGUGAAAGCACAAGAUAUAACAACACAUACAUCUCAAAGGGAACAAAACACAUUUAAAGUGACAGCUUUUUCUAACACUAGUACCAAAACCUUUACGAGAAAUGUGCGAUUUUUUGGGUGGGGGAUGUUCAUCAGCUCCCACUUUAGUUUCAACAACAACGAAAAAAGAAAACAAACGUUUUGGUUCAAGUUUUUUUUUGUUUUCUUUUGGGAAGUGGAGAGGAAGGAAUCUUCCCUUCUUCUUUUGAAAUAAAGAGCGAUGGAGGAAACCAAGUGGAGGGAGAAGGCGGAGCCGCGGGAGGGUUGGAAAUUGGCAAUCAUCCUCUUCUAGGAGAGAGAGUCAACCCUACAACAUAGACAUUUAUAAUCUCCAAUCAGAGAAAUACAUUUUCGUACUGUGACUGUAUCUUGUUUCUUUAUUAUCCUGGACAGAGUAGAGUCACCAAUUGAUUGAUUAAUUGAUAGUCAUCAAUGGUAAAGGAAAGCAGAUGUGGGAGAAUGAUGUUUGUUACCAGGGUUUGGAUCAAUUUGAAUUGAAGGCAGUCAAUUCAGGAAGUUCCAAUAAAAUUCCAAUUUAAUCAUUAAAACAGGGCAUAUAUUUUCAAUUACUCUCAAUUAGCUGAAAAAGGAGAAGCUAUUUAACUAUGUCAACAUAUCACUUCCAGAAUUGAUUGACAUCAAUUUGAAUUGUUCCCAACCCUGUGGGUUACUAUUUGAGUUUCCUGUCAGGCCGAUAUCAAGCCAGUUAGAGCUCCUAUCUUAUCCGUCUUCUUCUGUGCAUGCGCCCCCUGGUGUUGCUCCUCUCAUCAUUCUGUCUUCUCUGCAUGCACCGCCUGGUGUUGCUCCUCUCAUCAUUCUGUCUUCUGUGCGUGCACUGCCUGGUGUUGCUCCUCUUAUCAUUCUGUCUUCUGUGCAUGCACCGCCUGGUGUUGCUUCUCUUAUCAUUCUCUCUUCUCUUCAUGCACUGCCUGGUGUUGCUCCUCUUAUCAUUAUGUCUUCUCUGCGUGCACCGCCUGGUGUUGCUCCUCUUAUCAUUCUCUCUUCUCUUCAUGCACCGCCUGGUGUUGCUCCUCUUCCCAUUUUACAGAGCUGCGUCUCCCUGUUGAAUUCUGUUAUUAGUAAUAAUUUUAAAAAAGUGCCAGGUGCCAGGCCCUUGUCUGGGGGUGUUCUCCCAGUAGUAAAGAUAGUGUGUGACUGAAAUAGCACGCUGUUCCCUGUAUAGUGCACUACUUUUGAGGGUACUAAGGUACCAUUGCUGACAACUGUAUGGUGUGCUUUUUAAAGUUGCUGUUACCACCACUGUCUUUCUGUCUUUCUGUGUGUCUUUUAUUCAACAGUACUAUUGGAAGGGAUAGUGCUGUUAUCACAGCACACUGAUAUUAUGUGUUGAAAUUGGCUUUCGUUUUGUUUCUACUAGCUUUUUGUUCCUGGAAAUUGUGACUUCAUCAAACAUUGUGAAAAUGCUUAUCAUAACCAAAGAGGGAUUGGGAAGUGUGUGUGCGUGUGUGCGUGUGUGUGGUGUGUGUGUGCGCGUGUGUGCGUGCGCGUAUGUGUGCGUGCGUGCGUGUGUGCUUGCGUGUGUGUGUGCGUGCGUGUGUGCUUGCGUGUGUGUGUUUGUGUGUGUGUGUGUGGUGUGUGUGUGCUGGUAGUUAUCCUUCAUUUCAAAGAUAUGGAGGAAAACUAGCAGGGAUCAUCCGUCAGUCACCACUGUUGUAACGAACGCAGUACUGGAGCUGAAAGUCACGUUUGUUUUCAAGUUCGCUUCAUGACAAGAGUGUUGUUGAGUAUGCAAAUGUAUUAUUUUUAAAGAAAAGCUAUUGUAAAUAUAAUUUGUGAAUAUUUUUGUAUCAUCUUGAUAAUUCUUUGUCCUUUUACGUUAAUUAGUCAAAGUCCAACUGAUCUCAUCCUCCCGAAACAAACCCAACACUGCCUGGGGUUGGGUCUCAAAUUGCUCCCUACAUAGUAAUGUUGCCAGUAUUGCGAUUCUACGACACCGGAUUUUCCUUGGUAAACAACACAAAAUAUUGUGUCAACAGCUUCAAAAUAAGACUGUCAUUAUUAGGACUGUUUUCGUCAAAGACAUCGAGUCUCCUUCCUGUUUUGUUUCCUUUGCUUCCUUACUUCCUAGUAUCGCGACACGUCUGGUAUCGCGACACGUCUGGUAUCGCGACACGUCUGGUAUCGCGACACGUCUGGUAUCGCGACACGUCUAGUAUCAUGACACGUCUAGUAUCGCGACACGUCUAGUAUCGCGACACGUCUAGAAUCGCGACACGUCUAAUAUCGUGACACGUCUAGUAUCAUGACACGUCUAGUAUCGCGACACGUCUAGUAUCAUGACACGUCUAGUAUCGCGACACGUCUAGUAUCGCGACACUUCUGGUAUCAUGACAAAACUACUAUAUACUGUAAAACUGCUAUACAUUUGACCAGGGCCCAUAGGGAAACUCAUAGAGCUCCGGGUCAAAAGAAAUGCACGACAUCUUCUGUCUCCUCUCAUAGAUGAACCUAAUCCCCUCCAAAUGUCUCAUUGUCAGCUACAUACUGCAGACAUCUCUCUCUCUGUGGUGGUCCGUCCACUUUAACAGAUAUCUCUCUCUCUGUGGUGGUCCUUCCACUUUAACAGAUAUCUCUCUCUGUGGUGGUCCUUCCACUUUAACAGAUAUCUCUAUCUCUGUGGUGGUCCGUCCACUUUAAUAGAUAUCUCUCUCUCUCUGUGGUGGUCUGUCCACUCUAAUAGAUAUCUCUCUCUGUGGUGGUCCUUCCACUUUAAUAGAUAUCUCUCUCUGUGGUGGUCCUUCCACUUUAAUAGAUAUCUCUCUCUCUGUGGUGGUCCGUCCACUUUAACAGAUAUCUCUCUCUCUCUCUCUCUCUCUGUGUGAUCUGUCAUAACGAACCCCAGAGGACCCAUUUUAGAAUCCACUGUGUUCCUAGACAGCAACUGUACUGUAGCUUCUCUUUCUGUUGUAAGCCUGUGUCCCAAAUGCGCUCCGUUUUGGGACGUAGCUUCCCUCUGUCUCCCACCUUCUUCGUCCCUGGUGUCAUUCAUAACAGACUAGUCAGGCCUUCUUUUAAUUUUUUAACAUUUUUUAUAUACAAAUUUAAAUAAAAUGUAUCAAGUGUGAUAAAGCAAUAUUCACAGAUCUUCUUUUGUGCUCAAAUGUGGUAGAGUAAAAUGUGUGUAUUUUUCGACAACUAACAUUCACAUUUUUAGGUUAAGAAUGGACAAUAAGGAUUCACAAAAACUGUGGUAGCUAUCCACUAUCCACUAUCCACUAUCCACUACCAGAGAACUAUGUGAAUAUCAGAAUUGUUGCUAAUUAUUGUCGAUAUACGAGUGGUAUUUUAAAGAUACCACAGCCUUAUGUUAAAGAAAUGUUGGAUAUUGUUUUUAUUUUUGUUCUUGAAAAUGUGUUUGUUUUAAAGCUUAAAGACCAUUUACAUUUUGUUUCCCAUUUUAAAAGCUGUUUUUUUUUUUGGAAGGGGGGGGGGGGGGGUAAAUUAUUUUGUAUUGUUUUUAUUUUAUUUUAAAUGUAAAGUUAGACAUAUAAUUUAAUUUAACUGUAGCAAUGUACCGAUUUAAAACAUCCUGGUUAUUGUAAACCUAACAUUUUAAACUUCAUUAUUGCUCUAGAAAUAGUUACAGUGCAAGAGAUAUUUCGAUAGAAUAGCUGAUAUUAAUGUGUAAAGCCUGUCACUUAAAUCAUGAAAUCAAUUGAUCGAUCUUCUUGACAAAGGACUACCAACAUCAACUUUUUAAAAAAAUGUUUUUAUUGAUAUCAGAAUUGAAACCUAAACUUGAUCGUUCCCACGGCGAUCGUUCCCACGGCGAUACCUAGCUCUGGUCCUCGAAGGGUGUGUUUCCAGAGCUAGGAGAUACAUAGCUAUCAUUUCACAUUUUGCCAUGUUUACAUAUGAACAGGUUUGUGUAGAGGGCAACCUAAAUCUGUAACAAUCAUCCCGGAAGUUUAGUGUUUCUGUGGAAAAUACGGUUUCAAAAAGGAAAAACUAAAACUGAGAGGCGACGCACCACCCGUUUAGGCUUUUAGGGAAGGAUCUGCAUGGGAGACUGCUAAAGUGGAUAUCUGUUGGCCCUAAGAUAAACCUGGACACAAUGUAAAUGAAUAGAGACACUUUGUGAACAAAACAUUUUUGUUCAUUUUCCCUGCGAAUGUGUAUCGUUUUUUUUAUUUUUUAUUCAGAAUAUGAAGAAGCUUGCAACCUCUUCAAUUGGUAGAAGGCCUGACUUACGGGAAAAUGAAAAAAAUGUGUUAGUUAUGCUGGUCUGUAUGAAAAAUAUUUUCUUGGCAUUUUUUUUUUUUGGGGUGACCCUUCUCUGUAAUUUGACCUUUUUUUUGUUACUUAAAGGGGACUGGGACAGCUAUGUUUGACCUACAUGUUAAUAAUUAGCUUGCGUGUGCUAGUCUAUCACCUGAGUAUCUGAGGUGCUACAACUGUAAACAACAGAAGAAGAAAAUAUUGAGGAAAAUACCAGGGGGAGGAGUGAAUUGAACCAAAUCCAUAGUUUGGGCAUUUUUUUUUUUUUAUGAAAUCUAAAUAGUACAAGCUAAGGUGAAAAUGUGGCCAUUUUGUCUCUCUGUUUGUACAUUGUAUGUCCAAUCAUUUCAUAUUCUAAAAAACUGGUCAGAAAAAUAAAAGGAACUAAUUGUGAUUUUUAGUCUUGCAGAAUUAUUGUAUGUAGUUAGAUGAUGUGACAAGCUAAUAUUUAUCUAAUAAAUAUGUAUUCAGAUGAUAUCUGUA